AUGCUUCAGUACAUUGAAAAUGCAGAUAAAUGUGAUGUUGCCGAGGGGCCCUGGAACCUGAACAACCCAGUGAAAGCAUCAAGGAGCCACCAGGAACUCCACAAAGAACUGUUACUGACCCACAAACAAGGGCUGGUGUUGUGUUGUAAGCCAGAGCUUCAGAUGGUUUUGGAGAGGAGGAAGAGAGAACAGACCCAUAGGGAGGAGGGAGAGCAGAGCAGGAGCCCUUUGGAACAAGUCCUCCUCAAACACCAGCAGAAAAAUCUGGAGAUUAUGAAAGAGAAGGAAGAGGAACAGAAGUUACAGGAGGAGGUUCAGCUCUUGGAGUUUGUGAGAGUGAGACAGAACCUGAGGAAAGUCCAUUCAGCUCUGCAAAAGCACACUCACCCCUGAAUGUGAUCAGCCCAAAACACUGACAUUAAUCUAACUAAAGGAAUACUUCAUCUGGCCAUGCAAAAUCAUUUUGGAAUAAUGUAGUGUUUUUCAUUAUAUCUGAUAUUAAUAAUUUGGUUUUCCAUACAUGUUUGAAGAGUUAUAUCUCACAACAGCAUUACUGUAGAAAAAUACUUUAAAUUCUGCUUUAUUGUAGAAACCCCUACAAGAGAACUUUGGUCAUGCCAUUGUAAUUUUGAAAAAGAACAUGGCACUGAAGGAUGUAUCAUGUAUCCACUGGCUAUCUAUCCAGGCCGGGUUGACCGACCAAAAUCACCCAAGAGCAGAGCGCAAGAUGCUUCAGGAGGUCUUCAUGAACGUCAUCAAAGGAUCUACAGGCAUCUCUGGCAACAGUCAUUGUUAAUGUCUAGUCAACCAUUAGGAGCCGUUACAAAUGUGGUUUACAUGGGAGGUCAUCAAGAAGGAAGUCUAGCCUUAGCCCAAUCAAGGGUGUAUCCACAUAGAUUCAUAUUCACUAUUACGAAUAUUGGGGGACAUGUCCCCCUCAGUAUCUACGGUAGUAACGGCCUUGAGCCCAAUAGCAUUUGACAACCACAAAGUGUCACAAUUCUUUGUUUUCGUUUCCAGCACUAUCUAUUGUUUUAUCAUUUAUAAACCCUCUUUUAGUUAAAUGUUUUGCUUGAAAAGUAUGUUCAUGCUACUUGUAUUUAAAUGAAAAUAAAUGCCACUUGCAUUGAUAUGCUAUUUUGUCAACAUUUUUGUGUCCAAAUACUUUUUGGGGCAAUAGACAGAAAAAAGUCAAAUAAAUAAAAUGUAAUUAGCAUGUGAAAAUAUAUA